GAUUCAUAAAGAUCUCUUAUCUUCUUCUCAUUCACCACUGAUUGUUCCCCCAACAACUUGUCAAACCAUUUCCUUAUUGCAUCAUCUCUCCUAUUCUUUGUUACUUCUUCUCCAAGAUCCUUUCCACCUUUACCUACAUUUUCUGCUAAGCAAAACAAAGUCAGAUUCAUGCAUAUGUCUUCUUGAUUUAAAACCAAGAAUCAAUAAUCAAGAACUGUGAUUUAGAGAACAAGGAAAGAUGAAGAUACAGUGUGAUGUGUGUGAGAAAGCUCCGGCAACGGUGAUAUGUUGUGCCGACGAAGCAGCUUUGUGUCCUAGAUGCGACGUGGAGAUUCACGCUGCUAACAAACUCGCAAGCAAGCACCGACGCCUUCAUCUCAAUGCUCUUGCCACCAAGUUCCCUCGUUGCGAUGUUUGCCAAGAGAAGUCAGCUUUCAUUUUCUGCGUUGAGGAUAGAGCUCUGCUUUGCAGGGACUGUGAUGAAUCCAUCCAUGCAGCUAACUCUAGAUCUGCAAACCACCAGAGGUUCUUAGCCACUGGGAUCAAAGUGGCUCUGAACUCAACUAGUUGCAGCAAGAAUCAAUCUGAGCCUUCCAAGAAGCAACAGAAAGCUAAGGAGAUUCCAGCUAAAACCCUAAACCAGCAACAACCUUCUUCUGCCACUCCUCUUCCGUGGGCGGUUGACGAUUUCUUUCACUUCUCUGAUCCUGAGUGUACCGAGAAGAAAGGACAGCUUGAUCUUGGUGAGUUAGAGUGGUUUUCAGACAUGGGUUUCUUCGGUACUGAUCAGAUUAAUCAGGAGAGUCUUCCUGCAGCUGAAGUUCCGGAGCUUUCUGUUUCGCAUUUAGGUCAUGUUCAUUCAUACAGACCAACCAUGAAGUCGAAUGUUUCAUACAAGAAGCCGAGGUUGGAGUUCAGAGAUGAUGAUGAUGAUGAAGAGCACUUCAUUGUCCCUGAUCUAGGCUAAAAUGCUAUAUGUAAGCUAUGUGUAGACAUUUCUCUAUGGAAAAAUAAGGAAGAUGAUGUGUGGAUGCAAUGUCAUAUCUUUAGUUUUGUUAAGUUGAGUAAAGCUAUGUUGAUAGCUUAUUAGUUAUUACACACUUUCUUAUUUUCUGUCCGAAUCUUUAUUAUAAGAUAUUUGUGUUUGAGUUUGUU